GUAAGAUGCGAAGACCAAUGCAAUGCGUUAGUUGAUAAGCCGGGCGUGAUCACGAUAAAACGUCAACCACACAGUGAAAAUGUCAAGGAACGAUGGUAAAAAGGACUCGUCAGCAUCUGCGUUUAGAAAAAUCGACGUUGAUCAGUAUAGUGAUAAUAAUUUCAAAGAGGAAGACGCUGACGGAGGAUUGGGAGGACCAACCGGUCCAGACGAAAAUGAAGUUUUGACACUUCUUAGCCAGGGUAAGAAUGCCGAAGCUUUGAUAUCAGUAUUAAAAUCUGCACCACUUGGAUGUAAAAAUCAACAAGUUAAGGACAGUGCACGGAAUUUGACACUGAAGGUUCUUCUAAGUAUAAAAUCUAAUCAGAUGGAAGAUUGCUUAGCACAAUUAGAUCGGGACUUAGUGGAUGUUUUAAUGAAAUAUAUUUAUCGAGGAUUUGAAAUUCCAACAGAAGGUAGCAGUAGUCAUUUAUUAAUUUGGCACGAAAAGGUAUACAACGUAAGUGGUGUUGGCAGUAUUGUAAGAGCAUUUUCAGACAGCAAACGUGCUUGAAAUUUUGUAUAUUUUCCUUUUAAUGUUCAUUACAACAAUUACCAUUAAUCCUUACUGUUACUCAUUGUCAUUGUUAAUACAAUGAAGAUGUAGAUAGCCAAGUCAUUCAAUUUUCUAUGUGGGAAAUACAACACACUUGUGUACAUUUGUUAUCAAUAAAGUAAUUUUUAUUUCUUAUA